CGGAACCUGCCCGAUCUCUCUCCAGCUCCUGAACUCUCCUCUCCCUCCUCCUCUCAUGGGCUCUGAGUCCAUUCCUAGCAUACUAACAGGCCCAGAACUCUUGGUCUGCAGCCAUCCUGGGCUCACUGAGCGAAGAAGCCAAGUUGCCUGACUUUGCCCCCUGGUGGCCUGAUGACCAAGCUUCAUGGAGGUAUCCUCAAGGCCCCCCUCCAACUUUGAUCCAGGCAACUAUGUUGAAAUGAAUGAUCCAACCACCCACUUACCCUCAAAAGUGGCGAUACAAGAUAUUACUACGGAGCUACACUGCCCACUGUGUAAUGACUGGUUCCGUGACCCACUGAUGCUGACCUGUGGCCACAACUUCUGCCAAGGCUGUAUUCAAAACUACUGGAAAAUGCAAGCAAAGGAAACAUUCUGUCCUGAUUGUAAGAUGCUAUGUCAGUAUAGCAACUGUACGUUCAACCUUGUGCUGGAGAAGCUUGUAGAGAAGAUUAAGAAGUUACCCCUGCUCAAGGGCCAUCCACAGUGCCCAGAGCACGGAGAAAACCUGAAACUGUUCAGUAAGCCAGAAGGAAAAAUGAUCUGCUUUCAGUGCAAGGAUGCACGCUUGUCUAUGGGGCAGUCUAAGGAUUUCCUGCAAAUCUCUGAAGCUGUCCGUUUCUUUAUGGAGGAGCUUGCUAUCUAUCAGAGCCAACUUCAGACAACCCUGAAGGAGCUUCAGUCUCUCAGAACAAUGCAGAAAGAUGCUAUUGCUGCUUACAAGGACAACAAGAUACAACUGCAACAAAACCUUUCCUUGGAGUUUCUAAAGCUGCAUCAGUUUCUGCACAACAAAGAAAAGGACAUUCUAAAUGACCUCCGGGAAGAGGGCAAAGUCUUGAAUGAGGAGAUGGAAGUGAAUCUGAACCAGAUUCAGGAGCAGUGUCUCCUUGCCAAAGACAUGCUGGUGACCAUUCAGGCACGGAUGGAACAGCAGAACUCCUUCGACUUCCUCACAGACAUCACAAACCUCAUAGAGAGCAUGGAGAAAGGAAUGAAGACACUUGUACCUAGACAGCUUAUCUCCAAAAAGCUGAGCCUAGGCCGCUUCAGAGGUCCUAUUCAGUACAUCAUCUGGAAGGAAAUGCAGUCUAUCCUCUCUCCAGGCCCAUCUCAAUUAACUCUGGAUCCUAAAACAGCUCAUCCCAAUCUGGUAUUAUCCAAAAGCCGGACCAGUGUGAGUCACGGUGAUGUUAAGCAGGUAAUGCCUGAUGAUCCAGAGAGGUUUGAUUCAAGUGUGGCUGUAUUGGGCUCAAAAGGCUUCACCUCUGGAAAGUGGUACUGGGAAAUAGAAGUAGGAAAGAAGACAAAAUGGACACUUGGAGUCGUCAGAGAGUCCAUCAUUCGGAAGGGGAGCUGCCCUCUGACGCCAGAGCAAGGAUUCUGGCUUCUAAGACUAAGGAACCAAACCGAUCUAAAGGCCCUGGAUUUGCCCUCAUGUAGCCUGAACCUGGGCGAUCUGAAAAGGGUGGGCGUGUACCUAGAUUAUGAGGGAGGGCAAGUGUCCUUCUACAAUGCUACAACCAUGACCCAUCUUUACACCUUUAGUAGUAUUUUCCUGGAGAAACUUUUCCCCUACUUGUGCCCCUGCCUUAAUGACGGUGGGGAGAAUAAAGAACCAUUGCACAUCGUACAUCCACAGUAAUUAAGUUAUACUAUUGUAUACAUUCAGGGCUUUAUUAAAGUAUUGAAAUAGUUUACCAAUUUCACUGGAUUCUCUUUCCAAUUUAUGGGGAACUCUGAAAUAAUGAUAGCAGGAUUCACAAACUGACUUACAUUUCAGUUUCCUACACAGAUUUUGCUGGAGCCAUUCAAGAUAACAUUCUGCUUGUCUGGGGUCUUCUAAGACACAAGGGUCCCCUGAGUAGAGUCCAUGGCUUGUUUCUGGAGCCAAGUACAACUCAAUUCUGUGAUGUUUGGGAACCCUUUUCGAAUGGGCCGGAAAGAUAUUAUUACUGGCUGCCAGCAUGAUUUUUAAGAGGAUAGAUUUUCACAUUUGCAUUCUUAUUCCCAUUAAAUUAUCUUUUUUUUCCAGGGCUGGGAUUUAAUUAUAAAAUUCCAUCUCAUCUCUUUUCCAAAACAUGUUGCUUUAAACAAAAAUUUGUUCCAGAGACUUAAAGUAGAAGAUGACCUCAAUUAGCUUAUAUAGUCUUGUCUUCCUGCAAUUCUCUCAGCAUAUUUUUGGGCUAUUAAAUCUUGGGCUCAUCUCACUUCAGUCCCUUCCUCCUGCUUCAUUAGUAAGAGGUACCUAUUUGCCCUAUUUUAAAAGACACCCAUAUUUCCAUCUGUGUUUGACUCUGUCCCUUUUCAGCAGUCCUGCCUGUAUUCUAAUAAACAGUAUUUUUACCCCACUA